AUGGCGUACGCCAGGACUCUCCAGGCCUCCUUACUGGUGAUUUUACUGCAAACAAUCCUCAUCUGUUCAGCUCAGAGGGGCCCGGUUGGUCCUAGGGGGCUACCUGGCCCUCCAGGUUUUCCUGGCAUUGACGGCAUUGACGGAGAAAGGGGUACAGACCCUGGUCCAGAUGGUCCUCCAGGCCAAGAUGGAGAUGAUGGAAAAAAUGGUUCUAAUGGACUACCAGGAAAUCCAGGAGCAGACGGUUUGACUGGGCCUGUUGGAGAUUCUGGCCCAGUUGGGCCCAUUGGACCAAAAGGUGAACCUGGUGAUCCUGGACCUAGAGGACUACCUGGCGUUGGAGAGGAUGGAGAACCUGGUACAGAUGGAGAAGAUGGAUUGCCAGGAGAAAUGGGCAAAGCUGGACCUCCAGGAAGCCGUGGAUUGAGAGGAUCUGUUGGCCUUCCAGGACCAGCAGGACUGAGAGGCCCUCCUGGGGUUUGGAACGGUGAAGAAUUGUGUCCAAAUUCAUGCACACGUGGACUGACCGGCCAUAGUGGACUACCAGGAAUGAAGGGCCACAAAGGUGUCAAAGGUGAAUCUGGAGAACCAGGAAGACAAGGACAUAAGGGUGAAGAGGGAGAACAAGGGCCCCCUGGAGAACUUGGAACACAAGGGAAACCUGGUCCACAGGGACUAAGAGGGAUCACUGGUUUGAUGGGUCCUAAAGGUGACCGGGGCCCUCGUGGGAUAGAUGGCAGCGUGGGUCUUCAGGGCAUUCAAGGAGCUCCGGGUGAUCGAGGGCAAAGAGGAAGAAUGGGUGAGACUGGACCAAAGGGAGUUCCAGGGCCUGUGGGACUUCAAGGGAUUUUAGGUUUACCGGGACCUAAAGGAGGACCUGGUUGGCCAGGAAUAGAUGCUCGUGAGGGUAUCCCAGGAUUGCCAGGCGUGAAGGGUAUCCCUGGCAAAGCAGGUCCUCCUGGUGAAGCUGGCCUUCAAGGCCUGCCUGGUUUGCCAGGCAUCCAAGGUGCAAACGGUGAGAGUGGGCAGAAGGGAAACUCUGGUGAGCCCGGCGUGGCAGGACCACUUGGAAACAGCGGAAUACAAGGUGAACGUGGUGAACAGGGAGAAGUGGGACCAGUAGGACCAAGAGGUGGGCCAGGUGAGAGAGGCGUGAGGGGUCCAGAUGGGCCUCAAGGGCAGUCAGGUCCAAGGGGACUGAAAGGGAAUCUUGGUUUACCUGGCGUUCCAGGUGCACCUGGCUUUCGUGGUCAGAAAGGUGACAAGGGCGCAGUUGGUCUCACUGGUCCAAAAGGCGUGCAGGGAGCCCCUGGUGAAGAGGGAACUCCAGGAGAAAAAGGGGACGUAGGUGAUCAAGGGGAACCAGGCGAGAAAGGCUCGCUGGGAAAACCUGGUGAGACAGGAAACAAAGGUCCAGACGGAAUGCGUGGACAGCAGGGACCUGAAGGUGAACCAGGUCGGACAGGACCCAGAGGCAUGCAGGGAGACCAAGGAGAACAUGGCUUACCUGGUCCACAAGGACGACCGGGUCGAGGACCAACAGAUCAACACAUCAAGCAUGUCUGUAUGAGGGUUAUGCAAGAGCAGCUCGCUCAUCUUGCAGCUAGCCUGAUGAGGCCUCUGUCUGGCAUUGCUGGCUUGCAAGGUCCUCCUGGCCCUCCUGGUCCCCCUGGCUCGUCUGGACUGAAUGGCUUCCCAGGACACAGUGGACCCAGAGGGUUGCCAGGUCUUAAAGGACCUCCUGGACAUAUCGGACUAAAAGGACCUAAAGGUGACAUGGGAGACAGAGGAGACAGAGGACCUACAGUACAAGGGCCUAAAGGCAUUCCUGGGCCACCAGGUCUUCCAGGUGAGUCCGGGCUGCCUGCAUAUGGCAACCAUGGGCGUGAUGGUAUGAGAGGGCCUCGUGGCGUACCCGGAAUGCCCGGCGUUCCAGGACCUCCUGGUCCUCCUGGUCGUGAUGGAUACUGCGAGCCAACACAGUGUGCCCUCAGCGCAGUAGUACCACCAUCUCCCAAAGAAUACAGCAUGAAGGGACCAGACGGGCUUUAAAGUGGCUGCAGAAUUGAAGUCCAAAGACUAACAGAAGGGAAGUCCUUCACCAACGGAGUGUUUAUUUCAAGGGGUACUUUUUUCUGCACUCACAGUGCGAUAUG